CAAGUAUAUAGCGCAAAUCACUUUAAUUUUUGCGUGUCCAGCACCUGGUAACAAGAGCAGCAUAUAAUUGAACACCAGAACAACAGAAAAUGGAUCACGGCGCUGUAUUAUCCGCCAUGCUGGCGGAAGACGAAAGUUCUAUCGAAGAAGAAUCUGCACAACAGUCUCCGACCAACGGCGACAGGACGCUUCCAGACAACCAAAUAAGCGCCGCAGUUCUCGACACCACGUCUGCAUCCGAUCUAUUAAGUACACAGCCACCUCUUGGCACGACUUUGGCUCCCGGUCAGGCGACGGUAAUCUCCACGUCUUCCGAAACGGCGCCCCAACCGACGCAAGACUUGCCAAUUUCUGAAGGAGAUAGGCGAGAAGAGAAAGCCGGCGAGAAUGCCGCGAGCUCCACUCGCAAGCCGAGCGCAGAAGGAGAAGCCUUUUCUGCCACAGAACCUGAAAAGAUUUGCGAACCUGUGCCAACUUGGUGCUGUCCACUGAACGAAGUUGUGUGGACUCACACAUGCCUCCCGCCAGGGGAGACAGCGCAGUUUGCCAGCCAAAUCGUGUGUGCGUCUCCAUUGUGUCAAAGCGUCGGAUCGAGAACAGGUCGCGACAUCCGGCAUGGCAUUGUCUCCGUUUCGGUAGCAGUUCCAGGUCGUGCUUCGAGCAGCGCAUCUGCGGGAGGAGGGCAGACAGGAGAAGGAGAAAGCGGUCGUAAGAAAGAUGAAAUGGAGAUAGCUGAAGGUCGCGAUGAAGAUGCUUCUGAGGAUAGCUCGUCCCCCUCUGACUUGCGAUUCGAGCAAGAGCAUCAGUCCGCAGAUGCUGGGAUUCUUGGUGCUUUGGGACUACCGACAGAUGAAGACGACGAUCUCAUGGACGAUGUCGAGGCACAAGUCGGGCGCUACGAUGCCGUGAGCAAUGUAGAUGUGCUGAAAACGCGAAACAAAGACCACGCAGAGCUUGAUGAGACCGCGGGCAUGCCUACGACAAGUGGAGCAGGAAAAGACGGCGCUAGCGGUGGCGCUGAAGGAAAUGCUCUUGGCAUUGCAGAGUUACAAGGCAAUAUGCAGCGUGAUUUCGGCUAUCUCUUGCGGAAGAAGGUGAAAGACACAGAGACGGAGAAGAAAGUACGGGAAAAGGCGGAGUCGACACCUGCACCAAGAACUACAGAAGAAGUUGGGAACUCGGCUCCACCAGAGGACAACGCAGCAAAGAUCAGCAGUGCGACAUCUGCAGACGAAAAGGAUGAUGUGGAUAUGAACAAGAACGGAGAAGAUGGGGAGAAGGAGACGGUAGAUCCUCGUCCGGCCGGCAUGAACAACGGAGAAGAUGGGGAGGAGGAGACGGUAGAUCCUCGUCCCGACGGCCAUCCUGCACUAUCUUUCUGGCGGAUCGGUGACGAGUGUUUGUAUCACUGGCCCAAAGAAGCCGAAUGUUCCAGUUCUGGGUAUGGUUGCAAUGGCGUUUUCACAGAUGCGCCACAUGUCCUCGAACUCCUGGAAAAUUGCGGUGACGCAGAUACGGUCCAACUUUUGGGCAAUCUGCAUCGAGUGCGCCCUUUCGACGUCCAUGACGUCAUGCUGCUGCUCAGUUGUCGAAGUGUACGCAACGUACCUCUAGUUCCGUUGCUGCUGGAAAAAGUGAAAGCCAAUGUGAACUACCAGGACCGCAACGGGCGCACUUGUCUGUACCAAGCCGUAGUGCGGUGUGGAACGGAGCCGGACGCAGAGGAGCUCUGCUUUUCUCUCGCGAAGAAGUCAUUGAGGGACCAGCAACACGAGCGCGCUGCAGCUCGAGAUUUGGCCGAAAAGAAAGCAGCUAAAAGAGCCAUGUCGCCGCAUGGGGCAGACAAGUUUCGAUUUCGAGGCAAUACGAGUGGUGACCGGCGACGGCGGUGGAAGAAACGCAGACAUGAUCAUGAAACUGAAAGUACUCUGAAUAAUCCCCGUUCCAGCACAAUUACUUCGAAAAUAGCAGACCAAACGUCGCAAGAGAAACAAAAUGUAAAUGCAUCAGGACCACGGCUAGCACUACAACAUCAAGAGGUAGAACAAGUUAAAGCUAUUGACCCAGACGAGAGCAGUAGCACCUCGCAGGAGGAGAGCGAGAAGGCAUUAGCAAAGAGGCAAAAUGAUGCAUUGCACCAUUCGAAGACACGGAAUUUCGGAGGUAGUCCUGCGCUGCAUGCGACCGGAUCUACAUCCCCAGGUGGCGGGACAAACUCCGCAGGAGCAACGUUGUCGACAAUAGGAGGUGGUCUUGCUUCCUCACAGAAGCUCGAUGAGACCACGACACGCUUAAAGGGUGAACCUGUAGAGGCUGAUAACAAUUUUUCUAUCUCGAUGAAGACAGAUAAUGGCGAAAACGAAGAAGGUAUUGCAAGUGCAACUCCCGGGCAACAACGAGAAACUGAAGAUCAAAAGUCUAGUAGUGCUGCAACAAAGGAGGUGGUAAAGACCACCACACCUGCUGUACAGGACGAUGAUGAUGAGUUUGACUCGUUUCUGGAUGUGGUGGCGUUGCUUUUGAGGUUCGGUGCGCGAGCAAAUCAUCCAGUAAGGCCGUCGUUGUUGGAUUGUCGCAGCAUCCGUUGUGCGCGAAUGCUCCUGGAUUAUGGCGCGAAUGUCUGUAUUCAGAGACCUCCCGACGAGAUAAAUCGCGGCGAUUCGGUUCUCCAUGCUGCAGUCCUGCGCGCCGACCGCGCGAUGAUCUAUUUACUCCUCAAGGAAGCACAGCAGACGCAGCAAUUGCAGGCGUUAACUGGGCUCAAAGACCAAUUUGGCCAUUCAGCAGUUUCCGCUUGCAAAGACGAGAUCUGUGCGUAUAUGCUUUUGUCGGCGGGCUGUGCGGUGAUUGAGGACUGGGUCGUGCCGCUCAACAAAGACGGAGACCAUGGACAUCCUUGUGAGCGCGUACGAAUUCAAGCGAAGAUAGCUUUCCGUUACAUCACUCCACGGGAAGCAGAGUACCAGGUCAAAAUGUGGCGACAGGAUAACCCAGAAUGGCGAAAAUGGAAAAUCAAAACAUAGUGAAACCGUAAGUAAUUCUCAGAAAUACUACAACAAGUAUUGAUCCUAGGUCUAAUAUCCCUCCAAUCAAUGUAAUUCUCAGAGCUACAACUACUUCUACUCGUCCACUAUGUCAUACCAUCUUUUACUUCCAUUACCAUGCUCCUCAUUGAAUGUAAACCAUGUCAUCUUACAAGGCGUGUACCAAUGAAUGGACACGCUAAUUAUACAUUCAGUCCAUGCUUUCCAUUUCCUACGACUGAGAGUGAGACAUGAUCUUCACACAUUUUGAAACUCUCUCUUUUGCACAGCACUCGAUGCACAGAUUGCGGCCCGCGCAAAGAGGGCAAUCGAAUUUUGAUUUGUAAGCUUCUACCGACAACUACGAGGCACCCGUCGUGUCUGUACACGCUAC